GUGAGCUCGCACUUCUAUAUAAAAGCUGAUAACUGCAAGCUUUUGGCCAUAAAUUUAACAAAAUCAGUUCAAGUAGUCGAAGAGCUCGCAUCAAGAAGUAAAGCACGCAGAAGAACAAAUCUUUAGAUUAAAUGCGAAAGUUGAAGAUUUUGCGUGAUAUAGAGCUUCCUAUAUGUUUAAUUAAAAUCGGCAUAUCGGAUUUGUUUUAAAAUCUAUCUGGACUUUCCGUGCGCUUAUUAGAAAUUUGUUUUGCAUGAAUCUGUAAGUUAUAUUUCAUGCAAAUGCUCAAAAUUUGUGAUCACAAAGUGAGACGAAAAGCGAAAAACGCGGCAUCCUUUCAAUAGCCCUCUCCGAGCGGAAUGAAAGAUUUUAAAGUGGAAUAGUUUGCUGAGGAGUAACUGAUAUUCAAACCACGCUCGCGCGUUUGAACGCCCACCGUUUAGCUGCCAUACUUUUUAAUUAAAGUUCGUGGGAAAAAGCCAGUUUGAGAGAAAUUUAAACCCGGAUUUAACUUGGAUUGAGGAAAAUGAACGAAACAAUCACUCUAUCAGCGUUACCAAAGUCAAGCGAUAACACGAGGACAGUGACAAAAGUGAUCUUCUCUUUGACAGCGACAUUAGCACUGAUUGGGAACCUCAUGGUCUUAGUUCUACUUUUUCGUUUUCCAAAGUGGUUAAAAAAGAAACACUAUCAGUGCAUCCUGAAUCUCGCCGUGACAGAUAUUUUGACCGCAAUAUCCUUGCUUGUCGUGCCUAAGUUUGUACAAGACCCGGAUUCCUAUACAGUUCCGUUAGGUUACAAUUCAAGAGAAUUCUAUUGCCGAAUUGUCUGGUCGCAUUUCAUUCCAUUCUCCUUGGGAAUCACGUCCGUAUACACCUGCCUUGUUCUCGCGAUAGAAAGAUGGUUCGCCGUAAUUCGGCCGGUUUUUUACAAAGAGAAGUUCGGAGUGCGGACAAUGCAAAUAUUGAUCAUCUGCAGUUGGAUUGCCGGAAUAGCGUUUGAAUCACCCGUAAUCGCCCGCGUCGAAGGAUAUCAGAAACCUAACGACACAAAGGCGCAUUGUAGAUGGACUGUCGAGACAAAUAAGCAAAAGUCAUGGGCUUUGGCGAUAUUUCUCUUUGCCGGACAAACUUUUAUUCCAUGCUGCCUUAUCGUAUUGGCUUAUGCUCAUGUCUUUAUCAGAUUUAAAGACGAAAGAAUGUAUCCAGUUGCCGCAAGAAAAGCUUUAACAGGCUCUUCAAGCGACCACCAGUCUUCGAAUCACGUCCUUAAGCGAGCAACGAUAAUGAUGGCAGUUGCAUCGUUGGUUCUAAUUAUUUGUUGGCUACCAAACCAAAUCUAUUUCCUGUUCGCUCAACUUGGCUAUUUUGAACUGAAGCCAAGUGUUCCCGUCAGAGUUGUCGGUGUUCUUGUUUUCUCGAAUUCCUUUGUGAACCCCAUAAUAUACGGCUUCAUGAACAAAAGCUUUCGUAAAGGAUAUAGAAAGAUGAUUAUGCCUUGGUUGAACACCUAAUGUAAAAGUUCGUGGUUUACAUUACUACUAUUGUUCCAUUUCACUUCAGUUGGUAUACCGCCAUAUCUCUUCUGUUUACACUCCCCAAAGAUCACUCCAUCACUUCUGAGUUCUCGAUGGAGCUGAUAAUAAGGUAUGAGGUGGAUCAAGGGUCAUAGAUAAAUUAUCAUCUAUAUAAAAACAUAUAACAAGCACGCCUUCAGCUUAGUUUUUAGGUCUGUAAGGUCGAAACCAAUCUAUACAGUGUCAGUAAAAACACCGUUUGCGUUAAUUCGUGCACCUAUAUGCGUAUUCGAACGUAAAUACACGAAACCACUACGAAGCCAAUAGUUGUUUUAUUUACAAGUAAGACUGAUUUAAACUAUAAAUACAUUGAUUUUUACUUUCUCGCUAAUUUAGCAACUAAAUGGAGCAUAAUUGGACAAUUGUCGUAUUUUUAAUCUCUAAUGUAUAACAUACAUCAAGCUUAAGAUUGACAAAUUAUUUAGUCAUGUACCUGUUGCAGUCGAAAUUGCUUGUGAAAAUAAAUGGUUUUUAUAGUCACAUGCAGGACACUUUUCUAUUAGACAUUCACUCCAUCACGCUUCGUCCAUUUUUAUACAAAAUACGCAUGCAUGUGUUAACAUGCAUUGUUGCCAUGGAUAUUGCAUGAUUGACACCCAUUUAUAAGUGAUGUUGCACGCACAGAAUUAUGGCAAAUGUUAUUAAUGACAAUGUUGUCGUGCACUUUUAAUCCUGAUGUUUGGCAAAUAUA